UUGUGCAAAUGGAUCGAGAAAGGACUACAAUUUUGGAAUAGGUAGCACCGUUGGUAUUGAACAGUUGGUUAUCCAAGCUGAUGCGAAACAAUUGGAUGAGCAUCAGUUGAUACUCACUAGAAUGGAUCAGGUCCAUUUUUUAAUAAAUUAAUAGCACCGUUGGUAUCUAACAAUCGGUAACACAAAAUGAUGCGAAACAAUGAUGCAAAACGCACCAAUGGUACAGAAUAGCCGGGAGAAUUUAUUAUAUAAUUUUGACACAAAUUUUUUGAAAUUUUAUUUGACCCACCACGGUUAAUCUCCAACAGUGGUGCAAAAUACUUUGCCAUCUUCCUCGUCUUUCUGCACCAUUGAUGCAUAAUUGCAUAAUAAUUAUUGAUCUAUUUUAUGCUUCAUUUUUAUGCACCACUGGUGCAUAAUUGCUUAAAAAUUAUUGAUCUAUUUUGUUGAACUACUAUAAUUUUGCACCCAAGGUGCAAAGGUGCCAGGUAAUUAUAUAUUACAGGGUGAGCUACUUCUAACGUUACUACGGUUUAUUUGACCCUACGGUCAUCCACGGUCACUUAUUUGCGUCCACGGUCAACUUAUUUGACCCUACGGUCAUCCACGGUCACUUAUUUCACCCCACGGUCAACUUUUGUGAGUCCACGGUCACUUGCAUUCAACCACGACCCGGCAGCCACACACUUUUAACACGAGUAGAAAACAACAACGAUUUUGCUCCGGAAUUUAUUCAUUGUUUACAUUGUUCAAAAUAAUUAAAAACAGUGAAACCAAUUAAGCAGCCAACUGAUAACUUGGAAUUUUAUAACUCGUGUCAUGAUUACUUGCAAUUAGUUGUAACAUCUGUUGUUUGUUGAGCAAUUUUGAUUAGAAAUGGCAAAUGCCGGUUUUGAGAUUGGCGACUCUUCCAAUGAAGAGGAAGAUGACCCUUCGACCGCUCUCGUCGUGGACCGCGCCGACCUGCAGAACUUGAUGGAGGUUCCCUCCGACGAUGACGACGGCGGAGAGAUGAUGAUGGACCAAGGUGAAGUCGUUCUCGAAACAAUUUCACCAAAACGAAGGUCACGUCCCUCUCCCACUAAAUCAACACGGUCCACGAAAAGCAGUCAGAGUGGUGCUGGAGGAGGAAAGAGAAAAAGGCGACUAAUCACUGACUUGCGCCCCAUGUCGACAAGUGGUCGAGGAGAAUCCCCCCAACCAGGAACGUCUCGAGGAUCAACGACGAACACAUUGACACUGAUACAAAACGUGGGUUCGCUCCUUGCAGACGACGAUGAUGACGAUCCCGAUGAGGAAAUCAGGAGGGCGACGUCACAGUACUUGCAGGGCGAAAUGUCAGCGACAGACUUUGCUGCCCGGAUGGAGGAUUUUGAACGGUACAAAGUACAGCAGGAAGCUGUUGAAAAGGUGAAUCAGCCCAGUCUCGUGCUUGUGAAUCCGUCCCCGGCUGAUAAAUCGCCAACGGACGACGUCACCGCCAUACACCACCCGGGUGUCGAGGGAGAGGAUAGCACCGCAGAAGCCAAAUUGCGAGGAGAAUUUUUCCGCACGGGCGACGACAUGGCCACGUUCAGUGUGAGGAAGAAGAGGAAGAUGCCACCCACGAUUAAAAACAUGAUGGGAGAAGCACACGUCCGUUGUGCUCGGGGGGACCUGACGGGUGCAGAGAGCAUUUGCUUGGAGAUUAUUAAAGAGCAGCCGACAUAUAAAGAUCCGUUCCACACGUUGGCGAUGAUUUACGAGAAUCAGGGUCGAAUGAAGAGAGCGUUGCAGUUCUUCCUCAUUUCUGGCCUCCUCGACCCCAAAAAUUUCGACGACUGGCCAAGAUUGGCAGAAUUGUCCGUGGAGGAAGGCAAUAUUCCGCAAGCCGUCAUGUGUCUCAGGAAGGCAAUCAUGUCGCAUCCUACCAACGCCAAAUCGUACAUGCGACGGAGUGAGCUUCUGGCCGAGACGGGUGACGUGCGGGGAGCAUUGCGCGGUUAUCACAAGGCGUUGGGAAUGUCAGAAGAGGACGCAGAGACGUACAUGGACGUGGCCAAGAGGGUGGCAGGCAUUCACUUCAAGGCGGACGAGCUCGACCAGGCCUACAACGUCCUCAUGGGCGCUGUCACAAAGUUCAGUGAUAAUGUAACCACGGCCGAAAUGAACCUUUUGGCUGAGGUGUGUAUUUCUCUGAAAAAGUACGUAAAGGCGGUGACUUUGUUCAUGCGUUUCUCGGGGGUGCGGUUCGAACCGGCCAUCCCGAAAAUCUCGUUCAAGGAGAGGAGCUCGUUGACGGCAUCGCUGGCCGAAGGAGGACGUCGUUGCUGCGUCCCCACCGCCCUCCACUCUGAUCUCACUCAAAAACUCUGCAUCAUCCUCAUCCAUCUCGAAGCAUUCGACAUGAUCAAACCAGUGGUGACCAUGUUACGUGAAACGGAGCCGCUGGAAACGUUUGGGAUCCAGCUGUACGAGAUUGGAGAGGCAUACUUGGCCAAGCAGCGGUUCGAGGAAUCCCUUUCCAUCCUUGAAACUCUCGUCAACACGGACAAGUACUCCAUGGCCGAGAUUUGGCUCCGUUACGCGGAAUGUUUAUUUCUCCUUAAUCGCGUGGAGGACAGUGCGGAGGCCUACUCGACCGUGAUCAGGCUGGCUCCUGGACACAAGGUCGCCAGGCUAAAUUUGUCCGUCAUCCUCCAAAAGUUGGGCAGGUUCGAUGUAGCCCUCCAGAGCUUGAGUCAACAUGAGAUGGAGGAUUUGAUCGACCAGGACUUGAUGGUGGAAAAGUGCAACAUUCUCUUCAGUCGGAACCGACUCAACGAAUUUUACGACACGGCCCUCCAACUCUUUAGCCGACACUGUCCCGAGGUCAGAAAUUACGACGAGGCUCACGCGCUGGUAAUCACGUCGCAAACGAACCAAAUGCUGCAAGGCCUUCGUUCGCUUCGCAUCCGGAAAGGUGACUCCCUCCCCGAUGGAGACAUUAAUCGCAUCGACCCCAAGCCCACCGACAAUGCGACAGGAGAGUGGACCGUGUACCUAAAGUUGUUUGACACUUUGCUCACCCUCAAUCGGCCUGACCUUUUGUGCCGGCUGGCCUACACUGUCUGGGCGUCGCCCCUUUUCGCCAAGGACGUUCGAAUGAAGAAGGACCUCGACCUGCAAGUCUGCUAUGCCACCAUCCUCAACUGUGACAACGAGCUUGGGCCGAUACACGUCCGCUCCCUCAUCUCCACCUUCGGAUUGUCCACCGUGAUUUUGAAACUGAUUUCGUUGGCGUGUCGGAAAAGUGGUCAUGCCCGAUAUGGGCGACAACUGGUCAGAUUAUUGAUGAAGCGGCCGUCCGACACGAGGCUGAUGAUGCUCAAUGCCCACAUUUCACUCAUGAACGGAACCUACAAGUAUGCGUUGAUGGAGUACAUGGCGAUUUUGCAGGUGAGACGAGAUGAUCCGCUGGUCCACCUCCUCGUGGCCUCCACCCUGAUGCACAUCUGCUCUCAGAAAUCGGUGACGAAUCGGAGUGAGCUCGCUGUCCAGGGUAUCGCUUUCAUCCACAGGUAUGCCGAGUUGAGGGGUGGAUGUGGUCAGGAGGUGUGGUACAAUUUGGGUCGCUUUUACCACUACUUGGGUCUCUACCGAGGCGCGGUGACGUACUACAAACGUGUCCUCAUCAGCGAACCCCUGCCCGACCUCAGGGUGGACACCAUCGGAUACAACGUCAAUGAUCUCAGGAGGGAGGCGGCCUUCAAUUUGGGACAGAUUUACAAGAGCGUGGGCGCCUGGGGGCUGGCAAAGAGAUACAUUUCCAGAUAUUGCGUCAUAUAAACGACGUUAUGGUUUAUUUAUAACGGAAUUAGUCAACUGACUUCAAUUUAUGGACCAACCAUAAUUAAUUAAUAAAAUUUUUAUGUCAAGAUCG